UCAUAUGAUCCAUUCAUCGGCGUUGUCCCGUUCAAACAUGGACGGCGGAACAUGACUUCUCGCCCGACAAGCCUUCUCCCUCCCUCCGGUGCCAUGUUCAACGGGCUUUUCCUCGGAAAAUGAAAUCCAUUGAGGCCAAAAUAGUUGUCCUGGGCGCUCAAGGAGUUGGGAAGACGAGUGUUGUGAUUCGCUACGUGGGUAAACUGUUCAGUAAACAUGUCAGCCCUACGAUUGGUGCUUCCUUCUUCACAUUCAAGAUGACAGUAGAUGACUACAGGGUAAAGUUACAACUGUGGGACACAGCAGGCCAGGAGAGGUUCAGAUCCAUGGCUCCCAUGUACUACAGAAAAGCCAAUGCAGCUCUGCUGGUUUACGACAUCACCUGUAGGGAAAGCUUUGAGAACAUCCAGUCUUGGGUAGAUGAGUUGAAGAAAAAUGUGGAAGGCACGAUCAUCAUGUGUGUGAUCGGCAACAAGACGGACCUAGCGUCUCGGCGUGAAGUCAGCCGAGAAAAAGCAGAGCAGUACGCCGACUCUAUAAACGCACUGUACUACGAAACAUCAGCACUGACUAAUGAUGGAAUCCAGGAGGCAUUUUUACAGGUGUCGCUGUCGCUGAUCAAGCUCAGUCAGACGGACAAGUCCAGCGGUUUGACCGUUUACGACGGGAGCGCGAGUCUUCUCAACGCCGACGGAAUUAUCGAGGACGGAAUGCACGACAUGAACAAUCACAGACGGCGAACGGACUCGGAAGACUCAAACACACCCGCCUGUUGCAGCUAGCUGAACUAGUCCAACCUUCUCAUCAGUGAUGGUUU